UGGACUUUUUGACAGACGUUUCGGAAGAGCAGCUUAAACCCGCCCACACCCAGGAGAGGGCGUGGCUAAAGCAAAGCAAGGAAUUUCCUGGUGAGCAUCGACAACAAGGUAAAGUGUGAUGAAACGUUUUGAGUUCAACCUAGAACGGUUUUAAGGGACCUCAGGGAGGAGGUGGCCUGGAGUUUUGACAGGCGGGUUUGUGACCAGAAGAUCCUUAGUUCAGCUGCUCGACAGGACAGGAAAAUCACUAAGGUGUCCUGAACAAGAUGAAUGUGGGCGUGGCUCACAGUGAGGUGAACCCCAACACGCGGGUGAUGAACAGCAGAGGAAUAUGGCUAACCUACUUGCUCCUGACCAUCGUGCUGCACGUUGUCCUGCUCAGCAUCCCAUUCUUCACUGUACCAAUUGUAUGGACCCUAACCAACGUCAUCCACAACCUGGCAAUGUAUGUGUUUCUACACACAGUGAAGGGCACUCCGUUUGAAACCCCAGACCAAGGGAAAUCGCGAUUGCUAACACACUGGGAACAGAUGGACAACGGCGUCCAAUUCACAGCUUCACGCAAAUUCCUCACCAUCUCACCAAUUGUUCUGUAUAUUCUUGCUAGUUUCUACACAAAAUAUGAUCCAGUGCACUUCCUAAUCAACACAGGCUCUCUGCUUAGUGUCCUCCUCCCAAAGUUGCCUCAGUUUCAUGGAGUACGAGUAUUUGGAAUCAACAAAUACUGACGGAACACGACAUUGGACCUUUACCACAAUCAAUGGACUUGUAGUUUUCUGUUUGUGUUAUAGGUUUAGUGCUUGGGAGAAGCAGUUUGGGUUUUAAAUUGUACAGACUGUGCAGAGUAAUAUGUGAAAACUGUAGUACUUGCUGCCUCUUGCAGUAA